AUGGCGUUGCUCAAAGUGCGCGACGAAUGCACCAAAUUGAUCGGUUAUCAAUUUCUAAACUCCCAUAUCUGCUUGUGUAUCACCCUUAUUCAACUUCUGGUUUGUUGUUGGGCCGUUGCUCAGCACAUCAAUUCAUACAUGACGCAAGGCAAGAUCUUAAAAUGCGACUUUCUGGAGGGAAGUCUUCCUCUAGAAGCUGUCGAUGCAGUCAUCUUCGAUAUCCGCCUGUUUCAUUACCUGUGGGGAAUAAGAGGAUGUGUGGCAGAGUAUUUGGAUGGAGGUUUUGGACGUCUUCUCUGGUGUGUUUCCCACUGCUUAACCCUAUUUUUCUCCAUCCCAGUCACCUUCUUGGCCCAUCCAAAACCUUGCCUUUUUUGGCCACUUUUAUUUCAACAAUCAGCGUACGGUAUCUGUCUUCUCGUCCUCCUUCUAGCAGCUCUUCCAAGGAUAGUUGUGGUUCUGGCAGCCCCUCAAGCAGCUCCAUUACUACCAAUAAUAUUUUAUUUAGUCGGAACAACACUUAACUUUUUUCAUUUAUACGUGUACUGGCACUGGUAUUGGCACGUAAGCGCCAUGUGGAAUUCAGUGGUUCGUGUCAAGUUCGGACAACGACUGGAGAAUGCGAAUAAUCGGAGUCGACGGGAUAAACCAAGAACGCCGAAAGAGGAAAUUGAUGAUGCAGUGUUACAUUAUGUUCCAGGAUCGAAACCGUUAGAACAGAAUCAUGUAAAUCACGUGGAGAAUCAUGUUCUAGAGCCGAAGAUAAUCAUGCCACCUCCGAAUCCAAUCGCAUACUCUUCCCCUCCACUUCAAAAUCGACAUUAUCGAAGACGUUCAUCAUCAGAACUACCUCAAUCUACUCCUUCAAGAAAGCUCCUCCCUCUCCAGCCAUCAGAAUCCCGACGUCAUCUCAAUCACCAUCGUCCACGAAUCUAUCACAGUGACGACGAUGAUGGAGACUCAGAAGGCGAAGACGAAGACUUCGAUGAUCUCCCGACUCCGCCCCCACCAAUAUUCGCAACUCGUCUCACUUCUGAUUCUUGGGAGAACCAGAGGCUCCGUCCAUCGGGAAGAAGACGUCAGUUACCGGAGACGCCGGAUUUACCGAAACAUGGAGAAUUACCACAGAUAUUUAGUAUACCUCAUGCUAAUGUUUAG